CUAUAAUUGUAAUAUAAUAUACUGACUUUUAUUAAAUUAAAACCUAAACUUUAAAUAAAAAUGAACUGGAUUGGCGGGGCUAGAAACAGACUUCGUGGUCCAUUUAAGAAUGAUUUAAAAGCUCAAAAGGAAUAUUUUGAACGCAAAAGACUACUCUUGAAUAAAUCGGAGAAAACAGACGGCGAUGUGGUGGAUUCAGUACGAAGUCGACGUAAGAAAUCCAAAGUUAGCCAAGACGUACUAGCUUUUAAAAGACAGAGCAAAGUAAAUAUUGAAAAUGAUUCCAAUUAUCGUUUGAAUUAUCGAAUGGUCAACAUUAGUUCAAGACAAGUCCCUAGAGUGGGUGCUAAUGUGUAUGGAGGUAGUCAUGUUAAUGUUGUGAACAUGCCGCUGUCGCCGGUAGAAAGACAUUCAGUAUUGCAGCUUACUUCUCCUCCAAGCAAACAAAAUGUUGGCCGUUCAGCUUUAAACAAACAAGAAAAUGAAUUUGGAAAAGGCGUAAGUUUGUUUAACCAAGAAAGAAUUUCCAACAGCCAUAUACACGGAACUGUCCAGUCGCCAGUCAUUGAUCUGUUUGGUAUGCCAGUUAAAAAGCCCGUUAAAGUUAGUAAAGGGACAGCAUCUACAGAUGACAGUAAAGAAAACUAUAGAAUUGAUGGCAUCCGAGCAAGCCGAGAGAGUGAUACAAGUGAAUACGAGUCUUAUUUAAGCGGCGUAGAAAUGAACAUAAACAAAAAUAACUUGUUGAGGAGACAACUGGAAUCAAGCUCCAGAAACACGUCAACACAUUUAUCAAACAAAGACUAUCUUCAGCACAACAGUUACUGCGGUUACCCAGCAGAGAGAAAUUACAACGAUGUAAAUCACACAUCCAGCAGUGCCUCGUAUUUAUCUCCCCACUCACUGGACGACUUACGGACUGUCCCCGAUACAUACUACAACACUGCUGUUAAAUCUCCAGAAAGGGAAACAUUCCAGGUCAGCGUUGUAGAUUCUCCAGACUUAAAGCAAGUUAGUAAACCUGUCUCUUGUGGCGCUUGUAAUAACAACGACACUCGGUAUUACUGCCACUCACAACCAGACGUGCCUGAAUUCGGCAAUCACCGAAAUAAUACUUUUCCCAAAGACGUCUCCAACUCUGACCCUCAGCUAGGCUAUACGAACUAUCUUACGGACAAUUUUCUAACGCGUCCUCCAGCAUCUAAUAGUUUCUACAGUCAGGAACCCCGCGAUAAUCGAAAUUUCAUUCAGGAUAUAAUGUUAAAAGGGCAACAAGAAGAAGAGGAGGAACAGUUCUAUAGAAAACACAAUUUAUUGAACACACAUCCCAUUAGUUUCAGUCAAACCCAGCAAACAACAAGAGCCGAAGAGCAUUGCAUAAAAACCUUUGAUGAGGUCUCCAUCCUGCCAAUAGAACAACACACUUCGUCGUUUACCAAUGUAGGCAGUACUUCACAUUCUGACAAAACCUACAUCGUUGCUAGCGGGUUGGACAAUACACCCGACGUGGUUCAAGGCAAAUCUCGAGAUAAUCCUAAAUACAACGCGAAGAUUGUUGCAAAACACAGCUCUUCUACUUUAGCAUGUUUACGAAACAACGUCAGCAAAAGCACUAAAAAGAAACCUCCAAAUGAGCCGUUUAAUAAAUCCUACAUGAAAGAUCGUUGGUCAAACGCUGUUGGAGAUUCGCCCUUCCCUGGAGAUGUGUAUCCUAACCAUGAACAAAGAAUGCCUCAUAAAACUAGCACAAAAAGCGAGAGAAAACAGGAAGAAAUACUUAGAGAAACUGCAGCUUUCUGUAACAGCGAUAUACCACACAAUUCAGGAUUAACACAGCAAGACCCGAACAGGAGUAAGGGAUUACAACACACCCAAAUGCAGCAAAGAGCGUGUAGUGCUAAAGAGAUUGCUUCUCUACCGUUUAAUGAAAAGGACCAGAUCAAAACUGUUGAAAAUUCCGUGCAAGAAUGUAUCACCGACAUCUUAAAUGACAUCAAUACGUCGCAGGCAGUAACAUCUCAUAAUACUCAAUCCCGUGAUCGCGACAGAGAAAACAGACACAGCUCCAUUUAUGAAUGUACGAACACUAUAUCACGUUAUAAACACGCACGAAAUGACAAUAACUGCAACACAGUUCAAACAACUAAUCUAGCAGAGACAGAAGCCCAUCAGGAACACGUUAUAUAUAAUGAACAUUCCAACCUUAAAACACAGGAUCUACAUCAAGAUAACACUAUUGAUUUAAACGACGAAAUGAGUACUAAAGUUCGUUUAAGUAUUGCCACACCGCUAUCAACCAAACAGAAAACAAGGGACAGAGAAACACCUAUGACGCUGAAAAGCUGUGUCGUGAUAUCAUCAGCAGAUAACCCAGAAACGAGUGACCAGUGUCAGUGUGUCGAUAAAUGUCCUCAAAUUCAUGCUACAACGCUGACCCAGAGUAGUGGACAGUCUGAGAAAAAUGGUCCUAAGACGGUCAGCACUCAGACAACGCCGCGGGUCGUUAAAGAUUCUUCGUGUAGCCCUAUAGCUGUUGUCUGCUCGGACGCUGAGAGGAAAGUGUCGACCACCACAGCAGAUUCUCAAACACUAGACUCUACAUCUACAAAAAAGAAUGAUUCCACUUGA